AAGCAUUGCUUUAGCAUAACAAACAAACUGUAUUUUUAAACAGUGUUUUGAUUAUGAAGCAACUCAGAUUAACCAUUGAAUCAAAAAAUGGUUAGUCUCAUUGAUUAUACGCCGCUUUGAUCAUUCUAUUGUGAUCAUCAGUAACUAUACUUCCAUUGAUUUGAGCCAAGUAAUAGUUUAAUCAUGUUCAAGGGGAAAAAUUGGUUCACAUCUUGGACCAACAACAAGCCUAAAAACCCUCAUUCAAUUGAUCAUCUCAAGUAUCUUUACCAUGUUAUGGCUAAAAACCAGACUGUUUCUGAAUCCAACAAAACUCUGCUGGUUGAAACUUUGAGGAGUAUCUCUGAAAUACUAAUCUGGGGUGAUCAAAAUGAUUCUACUGUUUUUGAUUUUUUUCUGGAAAAAAACAUGUUAUCCUUCUUUCUUGAGAUAAUGGCUCAAAAAUGUGGGAGUUAUGUAUGUGUCCAAUUGUUACAAACUCUCAAUAUACUUUUUGAGAAUAUAAGAAAUGAAACUUCUAUAUAUUAUCUUUUAUCAAAUAACCAUGUAAAUUCUAUAAUUGUCCACAAAUUUGAUUUUUCUGAUGAAGAAGUGAUGGCCUAUUAUAUCUCGUUUUUGAAAACACUUUCACUAAAAUUGAAUACGCAUACGAUUCAUUUCUUUUUUAAUGAAAAUACAAAUGACUUUCCUCUCUAUACCGAGGCAAUCAAGUUUUUCCAUCACCCUGAGAAAAUGGUUCGCAUUGCUGUUCGUACUUUAACUCUCAAUGUUUUCAAAGUAAAAGAGAAAUCGAUGUUAAAGUUUGUCACUGAUCGGACAGCAGCACCAUAUUUUUCCAAUUUGGUAUGGUUCAUCGGUAAUCAUGUACUAGAAAUAGAUGCCUGCCUUCGCAAACAGAUAAAAGAUCAACAGAUGCUCAUACGACUGGACGAUCUUGUUGCUGAACAUUUGGACCAUUUACACUAUCUGAAUGAUAUUUUACUUCUUCGUAUUGAUGAUUUGAAUCAAAUAUUAACUGACCAUCUGUUAAAUCGUUUACUAAUUCCUCUGUACAUCUACUCUCUCAUUACACCGACAAUUCAGGAAGAAUCAUCUAGCCGCCCAAGAAUAUCUCAAAUAGUUUCUCUCUUCCUUGUAUCUCAAGUCUUCUUAAUAAUCUCUUACGAUUCGCUAGUUCAAAAACUAGUAAAUAUCUUUUUAAAUGGGAAAAUGUCAAUAUUUGAAAAGCCAGAAUUCUCUGCGCCUCCAGAGACACUUGAAGAGUCUCUUGUUCAAGCAAUACGACUUUCUUAUGAUAAUUCCAAUAACUUACAUGAAUCAGAUGAAACUGAUAAUACAGAACCCGAUGCAUACACAACAAAAAGGUCGGUUAAUUCCGAUCUUGAUAUGGUUGUGCGUGAUUCUAUCCAGAAAGAUGAACAGGAAAAUGAAUCUACAAUAAACUCAACUUCGGAUUUUAUCCUGAAUGAAACUUCAACAACUGAUGAAGAAAAAGAAACUGGAUUGACCAGAAAAAUAUCUGAUUCUAAAAUUGAUAGGCCUUUUUUGUUAGCUCUUCUGAAUUCUUUGGACUGUAGAAAUCUUUCUGAUGAUCAUUCUGCAAUUUUUUCCUUAUGUUUAAUCUAUGCAAUGGUUCACAACGCAGGUGUCGAUAAGACUCAACUCUAUGAUUUAAUAAUCCCAAAUCCGAAAUCUUCUCAAGUAUUUGAUGUAGACCUAGGAAGUACUACCCUUGUUAAUUCUCUUAUUGAUAUCAUUCAUAUUUGUUGCCAAUACAAUAGUCGAAUAAGAUUGAUUACAUUGGAAAUGUGCAUAAUUUUGCUCAAGAGACUUGUUGUUAUUGAGGGUGAAAGCAUUUUACCUGAUCAACAAUUAGCCUCAAUAGAACAAUCCAAAGAAGAAGCUGCCUUGGUAUUAAGAAAUUUUUUCAAAAGUGAAGAAGAAAACCUUUUCUUGGAAAUGUUUGAAGACGAAAAUCAAGAAAUGUUGAAACGCCACUUGAAUGUUGAAUAUCUCAUGAUGGAUGCCAACCUUUUACUCCCUCCUAGUCAACUAACUCCACUUUUGAUGGAUGGACUUGAGCUCACCCGUAGGCUACCAUGCGCCGAUGUUGAAAGGACACGUUAUGCAAUAAGAGUUUUUCUUCUACUUCGUCAAUUUUCUAAUUUCUUAAGGAAAGUUGAAACUCCUCCAAUAUUUUCUACUCCUGAUAAUUUAGUGGUUGUUGAUCAAUCUCUGGAUUUAAAUCAUGGAGACUUAAUUGCCUGUACAGUUAUAACUAAAGAUCAGCCAAAAGUAAGACGGUUCAUGGUUAUUGAUUCUCAUCAAUUGAUAUUAGCUGAACCUGAUGUAAAAUUAAUUGGCUGGGGAAUCGCUAAGUCUGUUGCCUUCCUACAAUAUGUAGAUAUUAAUCCUGAUAAAGAUGAUUCACGUUCCUUAUUGAUCAAUAUACGCCAACCAAAUGGACAAAAUAAACGAACUGUUUUAACCGCUCAGUUCGUUUUUGAUGAUCAUAUACGCUGUAUGGCUGCCAAACAGAGGCUCUCAAGAGGAAAAAUGAAGGCGCAGCAACGAGCAUUGAUCCAGAUUGCCAAAUUAAUUGAUCUUCAGCCAAUUACUGAUUUAUCUGUUAAAAAGAAAUCAUCUCUUACUCGAAAAGAUUUUCCAAGAAGCCAAUCUCAAAGUGAAGGUAUUUCAACGAAAAAGCAUUUAUCCUCUGGAUCUGGUCGUAAUCAUCGAAAUUCUAGUCGUGGUGCUGCUGUCCCAGGUUUCGCUGUAUCUGAUAAAAGUAAGCUGGAAAAUAGUAGAGUUAUCGGUCCUUUUCAUCAUCAUCAUAUUAAGCCACCAGUUUCCAGGCGUCGCUCAGGAUCACACACGAAUAGUCCACAUGCUUCUUCUACAGCUGUUAAUUCGGCUCAAGAAGUACACAGUAGAGAAUCAUCUCCAAAGCCUAAUUCCAGUCUUGAAUCAAGUGAAGAAAUGAUUCCUUUAGAUGAUUUAAGUUCAAAACCAGGUCGAAGGUCUUCACGAUCAUUGAAAGGAUCAGAUGAUCGUGGUGGAAAUGUUACAUCUUUGACAAGAAAUGAAAUAAGUUAAAUUGCUUUUCAUGUAAACAAGUUGAUAAUCCGUCUUUUGUUUGUGAACAUAUUAGUUUUAUAUUUGUAUUAUCUUGUUGGUCUGUAGCGAUCUCGCUUAAAAAGCCAUCCAAGACAUUCAGUUAGUACUUGAAAUUGAUUAAACAGGAGCCCUCUAAGCGGAGCUACAUAAAUAACGUCAAUGGCCAUAAAGUAUCUUUCACUAUGUAUCAAUACAGAUUGAAAUAAUUGACAAUUGAUUUAGGUCGAGUAGAUGUAAAUUUACGGAUCCAUGUAAAUAAAACUGAUGCAUGAAAUCUGA